AUAGAAAACAACAACAACAACAACAACAUAUUUUGUGGGAGUUUACUAUCGUUUUGUCAGUCUAGCAGCGUGAAUAUAUCCAUCUGGUGAAUGUGCCCAGUUACACAACCAGCGGCCGGAUACAUAAACAGACUUAUUCUCAUGGGUUCAAUUUUGAAGUGGUUGCCAUGGAAACUAAGACGUCGGCUACGUGGUUACCUGGAAUGGUGGAGUGUGCUACACAUGACACUAUGCUACAACUACUUCACAACCUUUAUGAUAGCGUUUGAGACAGCAUUAGAACCAAUGUUUUGGUUUGUGGAUAGAUUUGCUAGGUAUUUAGGCCCAAUUUUUGUUACCCUGGUAACAGUGAUGACAACUUCAGUAGUGACAAUAUUCUAUGUUUGCCUUCUCCCGCAUACAUAUGAGCUAUACCACAUAGGCUGGACCAUUUUUCAUCUCAUAUUUGGUCAUUGGUUGCUGUCAAAUAUCAUCUUCCAUUAUGUAAUGGCUGUGUUCACACAACCAGGCACUCCACCGGAUCAGAAUGUUCCAGAGGUUGUUUCCAUCUGUAAGAAGUGCAUCUCCCCGAAACCACCCAGAACUCAUCAUUGUACGAUAUGUGGUAAAUGUAUAUUAAAAAUGGAUCAUCACUGUCCUUGGUUAAAUAACUGUGUAGGUCAUCAUAACCACAGGUAUUUCUUCAUGUUCUGUGUAUACAUGUGGCUUGGUACAAUCUAUGUCAGCUGGACUGGACAUGAAUUGUUUAGACAACAUUUCUAUGGUGAUAAGCCAACACCAUUCCCACCUGUGCUAUAUCCAUUAAAUGCUAUCCAUGAUGCUAUAUACAGUCCUAAAGAUAAGACAGUACCUAUGAAGAUGAUUUUAAAUGAUAACCCACCAGAUAGGGAGAAUUUCAAGGAGUAUUAUUAUCAUAUAGCAGUAUUAUACCAGUUUAUAUUGUGUUCUGGUGUCACACUUGCUCUCGGACUGCUGAUGUUGUGGCAUGCCAAACUGAUAUCCACUGGUGAGACCAGUAUAGAAGUCCAUAUAAACAACAGCCAGAGAAAAAAAUUCAGAAAAAAAAAUUUAGUGUAUAAAAACCCUUAUAACUAUGGUUUUAAGAAGAACUGGCAGGUGUUUUUAGGAUUUUCAAAUUUUAGAUCAUUCUGUAAAUAUGUUUUACUACCAUCAACACAUGCUCCAGAAGGUGAUGGUUUGAUCUGGCAGAGAGCUUCGUAUAAAUUCAGUGACACCAAAGGUCUAGAACUUCUGUGAGAUCAAUUCUAAUGGCUAGAUCAUGACAGAGAUACAUGUAGAUGCGCUUCAUUUGAGGUGGAAACAUCAAAUGGGGGCUUGUGUACAGACACUUGUGAAAAGAGUGGCUAGGUAGGAAAAUAGCUUUACUGCCUUAUGUAUGGCAGACACAAAUGGACCUCAGUGUGGACACAUGUAUUAAGUGAGAUAGAAUCAAAUGGCUAGGUCAGGAAAGAGGUAUACUACCUUAUAUAUGGCAAAGAUCUUGAAUGUAUCUAAGUGAAAAUACUUGUAUUAAUCGAGGUAGAUUUAAAAUACUUGGUUGUCAAAAAGUGUACUAUACUUAUUAUGGCAGAGACCUCAUAGAAUUCUUUAAAGAACACCAGUAUCAAGUGAGAUUGAUGAAAUAGCUAGGUUUUGAGAUUAUGAUAGAUAUUACAGAGACCACAAAUUGACUUCUGUUAGGAUAGCCUGAGCUCAAAAAUUCUUAGGUGUUAUUAAGAGAGAAGGAUAUUUACAGGGUGUUCUGUUUUAUGUUCCUUUUUAGCUUUACCAAAGAAUUGCUGAAAAAGCAGAUUAGCCAGCUAUUUAGAAUAUGCUCAUUUAUACAUUUGGUAUUAUAUUUAUUUGUAAAGUUCUAUUUAUUUAUUGAUAUAUCUAUUCAUUUUUCAAAUAUUUAGAAACCUGAUUCAACGUAUUUGUAGCUCACAUUGGCAUAAAAUGCACACAGACUAGCUUU